UAUGGCUGUCAGUGCUUGUGCUACAAACGUGAUUUACCUGAAUAUGCUACUCAGUCUGUUUUCUUGCAGGAAUUUAAUUGUAUGGAUAACAACAAGCAUUUGGCUGAUGAGAGGCUAAAGGACGCCGAUGGAACACUACCAUGGAGAGCUUUGCGCAUCGUGUGUGCCCUUUCUAUCGUUGGUUAUGCUGAUCUGACCAUGGGAUUCUACUAAACCGGUCACCGUAAAAAAAACUAUAUAUUAUUUUAUUUUUUACAAAAUGAGGUACGGAGUGGUUGUUCUUGUUGCUGGAUUUACUGGUUUACUCAGUUUUGCCUUACUUGCCGUGUCAAUUGGGAGCGAAUAUUGGUACAUUAUCGAUGUUAAACCGAACCAUCCAGACUUUGAAGACCUGAGUUCUCAUUCGGGUCUUUGGAGAAUAUAUGAAGGAAAAAAUGCCAGUUCCCACCUUAUUCACUCCUUCACAAUGGACACAUCCACCCUGUCUGAGGUAGAGAGACAUCUUAUCAAGCUUCACAAGGUGAUCGUCAUCCUGCUGCCUAUUAGCCUGGUGCUACUAGUGUUCGGCUGGAUCUCUGGUCUAGUCAGCUCUCUGGCCCACAGUCCCUGCCUGAUCUCUGGCUCCGCUUCCUACUUCCUCCUCUGCAGUCUGUUCACCCUGUCUGGGGUGAGUGUGUAUAUCAGCUACUGCCAGCAGGCUCUGGCAGAACUCCAGCAGGUGUUGGGUCCUGAGGAGCUGUCUUUAGUGGAUGUGUCCUUUGGCUGGUCUCUUGCCAUGGCCUGGCUCUCCUACAGCCUAGAGGUGACCACUGGCCUGCUUCUCAUACUAGCUGCCAGGAUAGCCCAGCUGCAGGGACAUCAUGAUUCUGGCAUCGCCAUCGCCAUGGUAUAGCUAGAGAGAGAGAAAGAGAGAGAGAGCUUAAGAGAGAGGGAGAGAGAUAGAAAAGGAGGGAGAGAAUGAAAGAAAGACAAUAAUAGAGAAAGAAACUCCCAAAGCUGGAGAUUGUGGCUAAACUUUGAACCAGAUCAUGUCUACCGGACCAGUCAACGACCAAAGCAGAUCAGUCUAGGACAGUCAAAGGAGUUAACAGACCAGACCACAUCACUCUGUGCCAGACCAGACCUGCAGACCACACCAGACCAGCAAACCAGACCAGACCAUAUCAACCUUGACUCAUCCCACUUCAAUGCAGUAGGCUAAGUAAAAUGAACUAUGAAUACUAAUCAUCUCUCUCUUUAGCUGCUGUGACACUCUAACCUAGCAGAUUCAUGUUCUUCAGUUUAUGUCAUAAAUAUGUAAAAAGGUGGAAUACAGAACCAACACUGGGAUUUGUUAUGGCUAGAGAAACCAAGUUAAUUAAGCAUUGAUUACCAAACGGUAAUUUAUUUAUGCUGUGGCUAUUAGUAGUGAGCAGUGAUUAAAAGAUUUAUGGAUGGCUAAUUUAUUGGUCAUGACUUCUGCCCUAUAGCCUGGCUGUGUGCUUGUUGUUUUUCAGACUCUAAUUUGUGGCUAGCUUACAGUAUGUAAUUUGUUGAUUGUGUUGAUGGCUUUCGCCGCACUUUAUAAUGCAUUGUAAGUGUCUCGUAGGCGCAAAGGCUUUCAAUGUGAAGUAGCCACAUGUUUUCAAUGUAAAAGGUUAACAGUCAAAUCACUGUUGAGUGGCAUACGGUACGAGUGUUUGUAAUUGAAUUUGUGAAAAAGCAUGUGAUUAUAAUUGGGAUUGUAUCGGAUUGAAAAAAACAUACCGGUGCAGAGACUGUUUUGAGUAUUUUAUUGCGAAAUACCGUGAUUCAUAUCUGUAUUCUUUGGUGUCACCUCUCUUACACCUGCCAGUGUUCCAGUAAUAUUAAAGCACCCAGAAGAGA